UAAUAACAAUUCUUCAAGUGUGUAGGUGUUCCUAUCUUUAUCUUAGGCUAUUCAAACGGAGUGAUUACCGUGAUAAUCAUUUUGACCAGUAGUAUUUGGAUAAUUUGGUUUGGUUAAUUUGGAUAAUCAUUUUUGUUUGGUUAUACUUUUUAGCUUGUUUGGUUUGGUUUCAGACACUCCUAACCAAUCAAACCAAAUUAACCAGUUAAGUAAUUAGUCAUAUAUCUAACAUAUAUUAUCUACACAUACUUAUUAACUAUAAUUAUGUGUUAUUUAUUAUAUAAAUUGCAAAUUGAUGCACUAACCGAUAAUUUUUCUCACUUAAUGAUAAUGUGAUAUUAUAUUGGUUAACCAAUUAACCAAACCGAUUAAACUUUAGUUUGAUUAAUUUGGUUGUUGUAUUAGGUUGGACGGUUUGGUUAUGAUAUUGUAUUCCAUGGUUAAUAGAAUUUAUACUUGUUUGGUUUGGUAAUUACCAUGGUAACCAUUUGAACAUCCCUAAAUUCUUAUCUUUGUGCACUAAUCUCAUUCUAUAAACCUAGAAAAAGUAAUUUUCAACCUGUUGUUGCAAGUAUUUCUCGAUGUACCUCUCGGUAUGAAAAUGGAGAUUAUCUUAAUUAUAUAGUUGUCCUCACUUAAUCAGCUAUUGCAUUUGUUUUCUUAAUUUGAGAAUGAAGAUUAACUAGUUUGGUGUAUGAUCCAUUGGUCGAAAUAUCAUUUGGAUUUUGGAUACAUAUUUUUUAGUUGAACUAGAUGUAUUUUCUUGAGAAGUGUCAAAGUGCACUCGAAAUGCUCCCAAUUACAAUGAGAGAGGCUUUGCCUCUAUCACUCUACUCUGCUACAAGCUACAUCAGACCCCACUAUACUACUAUACAAACUGAAAUAGAACUAAGGACUAAUACCACUAUGAAAUACGAACUAUUAAAAAUGUGUCAUUUGUGUCCUAAAGUAUCCAAUAUGACAUUUGUGUCCUAAACUAUUUUUCCUUAGAGUUGACUAUCGUUGACCGUUAGAUUUUAACAGAAAACCUAGUCAGCACUGAUGUGGCAUCUGACGUGAAAUAUUAUUAUUUAUUUUUCCAUAAAAAAUGAAUAAACUAGAAGAAAUUAUAAGAAACAAAAAUCUCUUGGUCUCCCCUCUCCUCACUUGACCUCGCUUCUCCAGCCCUUCAUCGCGCCGCCGCCAUUGUCGGCGAAACCUAAAGAACCUAUUCCAUCAUUUCAUAUCCCCGAUCCUCCUCCACCGGUCCACCGUACAUCGCCUCCUUGCCAACCGUUGUCUCUCUCUAAUCUCUGGCAAAUCCCAAUCUCCUCCAGGCAGUGGUGAUUAGAGCCGCCGCACCAACACACUCGUUUCAAUCGAAGAAAGCGAUCUCCCUUGGCAUCAUCGAUUUCAGGAGGUAGAGGAAGAAACAGAGAGCUGGCGGAGGGAGGAGCGCAAGGGGAGGAGCAGCAGCUGGGCUGGAGAAGGAGCGGGCCUUCACCAGGCUCCAGAUCCCCAUAUCCGGGCUGGGUUUAUGGGACUGAAAAUUCCCAAUUUCCGUCUACCUCUUCAUCUCCCUUGACGAAAUCGGCUCCAACCUACAUUUGAAAACCCUCCCAAUCGCCACUCUCUGCUUCCUCUACUCGAUUUUGGGGUUGUAUAGGACGACGACGUCGAUGCUGGAGGCUUUCUGGAAGAAGUGGAUUCAUGGCUUACCCACAAUUCACCACCGCCGCAAUUCACCAGCUCAGAUAUGGGGGUUGGAGACAGAGAUGACGCAGAUCGACGACGACCCACCACAUUCCCUGACAACCCACCACAACCCCUGGCCUUGCAUCACCAACCAUCAUGGGGAUUCCGGCAUGGCGAGGACUGCUAUUUCGAAUUAGAUCUAAUUAGGCUUGCGUGAGUUGGGGAAGCCGCUGGAGAAGAUGUCGAUUGGAGCUGGGGAAGCCGCUGGAGAAGACGACAUCUGACCUAUACCCGACCGGCGCUGCAAUGAGCAGGAGGGAAAAGUCACCAUGAAAACAGAGAAAUAAGAAGAGCUCGCCGCUGCUGACUGAGCGAAGGCAAACAGAGAGGAGAUUGCGAAGGAGAGAGAAAGAUUGAAAGGGAGUGAUUUUCGGCAUGACAUGUAUCUCUGUAUGACGAAACAACGAAACAUUGAGCAGGCUGAUGCUCUAUUCCCCCCCCCCCCCCCCCCCCCCCCCCCCCCCCCCCCCCCCCCACCCCUUCUCAACGAUGGCGUACGAGGACGACGGAGUGGGAAUCGGUUCCGAACCGGCGGAGCAUACGACAAUUGGAGCGAGGUAGUCGACAAAGUUUUAUUUUUUCAAUUUUUGUAAGAUUUUCUAUUUUAAGUUUUCUUUGUAUUUUCAUUAAUUUUAAUUUAAAAAUAACAACAUGAUGUGGCGCAUACAUGGCUGCCACAUAUGUGCCAUGUAACCAACAGUCAACAUUUUAUGGUUGACCGUUUGGUCAACUGUUAUCUAUAACGGUUGACGAAAUUGUCAGGAUGUAAAUGACACACAACCACUAUACGUCAGGACACAAAUGUCAUAUUGAAUAGUUUAGUACACAAAUGACACAUUCUUGAUAGUUCUGAUUUUCUAGUGGUAUUUACCCUAGAACUAAGUACAUGGUAAAUCCCAAAGUGUUGCAGAUCAGUUUCAACUCAUUUUUACCCCUUUUCAGAUUCUUUUAUAUUAUCCAAACCUAUUAAAAUUCUAUUAAUUAUCCAAAUCUUUCAUAAUGUAUCAAAAUUUUAACCAUUUUUACGUAAUUGUUAAUAAUUUUGUAAGUCUUUUCUUAGUUAAAAUACUAAAAUUUUGGAAUGUUGACCUUCAUGAGUCUCUUCCAAGUCAGUAUCAUGUUGCCAAGUCAAUAUUACUAAUAAAAUUGCUAACAGGAAGUUAACAUUUUGCUAAUAUUUAGUAUUUCAAUAGAUUUGGAUAAUAUAAAAGAAUCUGAAAAAGGUUUGGAUAAAAAAUAGACGCUAAAAAAAACCAUAACCACAACCUUUUAUCCAAUAUUUGUUCCUUUCGAUGCGUGACACAAUACAUAUACAUCAAUAUAAGUUAGGAAUCAUAAUUCAUGAGCAACUAUCUAAAGUUCAUAACCAACCAAGUGAAUAGACUACACAUAAUCGUUGAAUACUUUAGGGUUUCUAUUAUGCAAUAAGUUUUAAUUUGUGCAUGAAAUAACAGAAGAGGGUCUCUAAGAAGAUGAAUUAAACAAUCAAUUUGAAGAUGAAUAGAUGAUACAUAGCAUAGAACCGUACAUGAACUUUUUCAACGUGUGAUACUUAACAGAAGGUUUGCAGGAAGAAGAAAUUGAAUAAUCAAUUAUUGUACUCUAGACAUUCUAAAUGUAAACCUUUUGACAUACACUAAAAGACACUAAUCACAUCACACAUGUUUCAUCAUGCAUUGGUUGAGAAUUCUACUUACUACUCUGCAAUCAAGAAAAACUGUAGUUUUAUUUCCAAGUAUUCAUUUCUAUUAUUCUCUUUGUUUAUCAUGUUUGUUUUGCUUGAAAGGUAGGUGGUACCCCAAAUUUAGUUACUGAUGUAUUCUUGAAGUAUAUCGUACUCCAAGUAAUCUAAUUGUUGGAUGUACUUCAUUGUAAUUCGAAGCAUCAAAAUCGUUAAUUAUGAUUUUUAUUAUAUUCACCUUCACAUUUGGGUUUAGAGAAUCUAGGACAAGUGUUAUCCUUUAGAGUUUAUGGUAUAGUAUCGUACACUAAAUUCGAUUGAAUUCA